AUGUUCGGCUGCCACGACCCGCGGCGAGGCGCCCACGUUGUCGUGCUCCUGACCUGCGCGUUGGUCUGCGUCGCUCGCGCCCAGUGGCUGGGGCUCGAUUUGGCGGUCCCGGACGCCAGGGCGUUCCAUGGGGCGACUGCAGGUGACAAUGACACGUCAAUCUUCAUGUUCGGGGGGCACUCCCAGACACAAGAUCGUUGCCUAAGAGAUCUGUGGAAGUUGAACACAAGAACGGAGAAAUGGAAAUUGAUAGAGGAUGAUGUAGACGAUCUCCUCGUUGGCUUUGUUGCCGAUUUGCCGCCCGCAGUAUUUGGACACUCCCUGGUGUUCAUCAGAUCAGGUGCUGACUGCAUGAAUCGCGGCUGCCUUGUGGUAUUUGGUGGCCAGAUGAACAAUGCAAGGCACAGGAUUGACAGUGUGGCCCCAAGCCCACGCUUUCUGAGCGAUGUGUGGCUGAAGAGCCUUGAAACGGGAGAAUGGCGCAUACUCAAGGGUGCUGGCGAGACAGAAUUUCCUGCACGAGCCAUGCAUGCAUCUGUGAUGUUGACAUCAGGAACAAAUAAUCCUUCAGUCCUUGUUUUCGGCGGCAAUUUUGAAGACAACAUACUGGCGGACACUUUGAGGCUCGAAUUCCAGACUGACAACGGAACAGUGCAGGGGGUGGUGUGGGAAGGCAAGGCCCCUGCCCCGGUGCCCUUGCAGUGGCAUACUGCUGUUGAGCAUGAAGGUUUUGUGUAUGUUUUUGGAGGUGUGCAGAACAGCAGCAUAACAGGUGGCCAGAACUACUCCAAUAAGCUGUUUAGAUACAGUCCGACAGAAGACAAGUGGCUCGAGAUGGCCUCAGCACAGUUUGGCCGUGCUUUCCACGAGGCAUUUGUCAGAGGCUCUCAAAUGAUCGUCUUUGGAGGGCAAAUGAGCCAGGCAAACAUUGACAGGCAUUUCAACAAGACCACCCGUCGACUUGAGAGUUGGGUUGCAAUGGAAAUUUAUGACUUCAGCACUGAUGAGUGGUGGACUGAGGAAGAGAGGAUGGGGUUGCUGAAUUGGACAGAUUCACCCCCUGCACUAAAGGGAGCAGCAGGGGUGAUGAGUAGUGGAAAGUUUUACCACCUGGGUGGUAGGACAGCUGUUGCGUUCCGAGAGGAGCCUGAUGUGACCUACGUCUUGGAGCCAGAGACGUUGGUGUGGCGUGCCCUUGAGGCAGUGAAGCCUCCUGCAAGAAUUGAAGGAACACUUGUGGAAGUGACGUAUGGAAAGCUUAUUCUCUUUGGUGGCAGAUCCAUUCAGUUCUACCUCCCUUUGGGACAGACAGGUUCGCAACUGCCAUGGAAGAUAACCUUCUAUUUUGAGAACAUUUGGUCUUACGAAAAGGGGAAAGACUCGAAAACGCUGGGCCGAUGGUCUCCAAUCCGUGUGCACUCUCAAACUGCAGGAUCGCGUACUGGACAUGCCCUGGUGGCGGUCAACGAAACCUACCUUCUCCUCUAUGGGGGAUACAGCAGACGUAGAUCAGACAGCGAAUGGGACCUGGACAAUGCGGUUUGGGCAUUAGAGCUGCAAGAAAACAACACUGCAUCAUGGCAGUCCUUGACAGAGCACCGCAAAAACCCAGACAUCCUCCAAACUGCGGGGCGCCAUGGUCACACAGCAGUAUAUCUUUGGCACGCCAGAGACGAUGGGCUGCGUGAGGGUGUUAUGGUUGUGUUCGGUGGAGUUGUUGUGAAGGGUGGACUGGAAGACCCACUCCAGGCGUCCGAUGGUUCUGUUGUGAACGAACUGUGGGCAUUCAAUCCAGCCAACAGGACUUGGGCAAAACUGCCAUCUCAGCGAAUCGAACCUAUGCGCCGUUUUAGGCAUUCAUGUGUGCGUUCCACCCUGAACACGAUGGUCUGCUAUGGUGGGGUGGAUGACCGGGAUGCCCUGCUGACAGACGUUUGGCUCUUUGAGCUGCAUGGAAUUGUAGGCAAUCGGGUGAAUGGCACCUGGAAUCAAAUCCAUACAUCAGGCCCUGGCCCUGGUGCCCGAUCAUUCUCCUCCUUCACCGCUGUGUCAGGGACGGCUGGCAUGUUCGUUCUCUUUGGAGGUGAAAUUCUUCCACAGAAUUCCAUUGAAGGCUCGGCAUCGAUUCCAAGAAAUCGCAACGACACAUGGGUGUUGCAAGUUGCCUGUGGCAGGGGCCACUGGUAUGAAGUGUUCCCCCAGUCACGAGAUGAGAUAUUGCCACACAUUUUCCACUCUGCUGCUUUCCUGGAAGCGGGCCACCUCGCAGUGUUUGGUGGCGUGGAGUGGAAUGAAACAAGCAAACCCAAUUUUCCGGGGUCACUUCCCACCAGCCGAAACAUUCUUUGGGUCCUUGACUGGGAACAGUGCCUGUCAAACGAAGGGUCAUUUGAAGGGGAGUGUCCAGAUGCCUUCCGGCCAAACGACAAGUGUGUCACUUCCAGACACCAGGCAUCAUUGAUGGUGGAGGUGGCGGGCAUGGAUGCAGAGUCGAUGGGCGAGUUAAGUGAUCCGGCAGGCAUGGUGCCCAUGAUCCAGGAUGUGGAAGGUGCUGCCCUGCGUUAUGAAUCUAAGCAGUACUUCAAGGAGAAUGCAACUUGGCAGCUGAAGGGUAUACAACUCCGUACGGAGAAUGUGAGUGCUGUGGUGUCCCUCGAGGUGGGUGGUGUGGCUGUGGGGAAGGCUGCAGUUGAUUUACAGGCUGGUAAUGACGUCCUGACCACUCUGACCAUCGAGCAGCCAACGACACUCACAGUCAUAGUGAAGGAUGAAUCUGAACAAAUCGAUGUUAUUGGUGCGGAUGUGACUGUAUUCUUGGUCACCCUGGGUGAGGAAUCUGAUGGGAGCUGUGCCAACCCAUGGGAGUGUGGACCCGUUCAGUCUGGGGACCGUGGCACUGCAACCUUCAAGCUGCACCCCAUCACACCCCAGAACCCGCUUACCCAGCAGUAUGUGGUGGUGGUGCGCUUUGGGUCUGUCUGUACAGAGCGGGUCCUGGAUGCCAUCGACUUCAAUGCCCCUUCACCAGUCAUCUCAAUAUCCCUUCCAGGGGUGUUUGCUUCUGACGCAGUGCCUGGUGACACGGGUGCUGGCCGGUCCAUCCAAGUGAGCCUGCUGUGGGGCACGUCCGUUGAAGACAGCAAUGCAUCGGAGGGCACGAGGUGUGGUGAAUCCCAAUCUGCAGUCAAGCAGACUUUGAAGACCGAUGGGAGCAGUGUCAAUGUGCAGCUUAUGAAAAGUGGUCUUGCUAGUCCACUGAAGCAGUGGAGCCGCCAGAUGAGAUCGGACAGGGUCACGAUCCUUCACCUGACAAAUGUUCCGAGUGGAGAGUACUAUGUCAAGGUGAUGCAGAACCCAUCGAACCAAGUGAUAGUGGAAACACAGUUGGAAGUCAUAUCUUCUGAGAACAGGAACAUUCACUUCAAGGUUCCGAUCACAUUCCGAGACAUCCAGUUCAGGAUACAGUUCAACAGAUUCUUUGGCAAAGGGACUGUGGAUGUGCCAGAGCCUGCCAAGUCAGCAAAGGCCAUGCUGUACUAUGGUGAAUGGGACGAUCCCAAUGCCAAGAUACCAUCACAGCAUCUUGCUAGGGAUGGGAUCGCCAGCCUUGAUGGCUUGGCUACAUUUCAGGGUCUGACGAUGGGCAUUGCCUACACUGCAUUUUUCAAGUAUGAAGAUGUCUCCCUCAAUGGUGGCACCCAAUUUACAUUGAGUGAAGAUGUGCCAGAGAACACUACCGUGGUGAAUGCCAACCAGGCCCUGUUCUGCAGCGGCAAUACAGAGCUGCAAAUGGAAGUGGGGGAGACAUUACCUGAAGGAGACUUGAACAAUGCACUCUACAGGCCAGGGACAACCUGUGAAUGGAACAUCAGCUUGAGCCUCAGAGAUGAGACAACACUGCUCAUUGAUGUCUGUGAAAUGGGGCCCAAGGAAGAAGUCCAGAUCACUGAAUACCCUCUCGGGGGAACCACUGUUCAUCAUGCUGACAACCAGCAGUCAUGCUUUCAAGACAAGACUCUGGCAAUAUACACCAAAAGGUUGCAUGUCUCAUUCCUUGCUGACAAUGGCCCACACGUGGGACAUGGGUUCACAAUCACACUGGCCCCCAAGAGAGUCACCAUCGCUGCGGUAGGGGACGAAGAGGGAGGGGGUGGAGGAGAAGGGAAUGGACUGGUGCUUGGGCUGGUUGGCUUGGCAGUGGCAGUAACAACCCUUAGCGUUGGGGUCACCAUGCUUUGGUGCUUUGUUGUGAAGCCUGCCAGGAGACGAAGAUAUCUCCACCAUGCCAGAAACUCACAGCGAUCUGAUGAGCCAGGUCAAAACCAGGUGAUCAUGGCUGUCCUGCGCCGUCCAACUCCGGGCCACGUUGUGAACAAUCUUGAAGAGUUAGUCUACAACCCCAAGUCGAUGGGAAAGAAUGGUGCAACAUGCACCAUCUGCAUCACUGACUUUGAGAAGGGGGACAAGCUCAGGAAGCUUCCGUGUGGGCACCUCUUCCAUGAAGUUUGCAUCACUCGGUGGCUCAGCCAGGCAGUUGACUGCCCCAUGUGCCGGAAAUCUCUUGUGCCGGAUUCAGAUAGUUCCAGGGGCGCUGGCAGCGGGGAUCUGAGCAGAGGACAAGAGUCCGGCGAGCUGGCCGGCACAAGGCUGAUUGUGUUGGCCGGCACAGAUGGCGUGCCGAUCAACAUGGAGGAUGUCAGGAACCAGCUGCACGUUGGGCCGUCGUCUUUCGAAAAUUCCGACAUGGUCAGCGCCACGCUGUGGGAGGGCCCCAUGGAGCAGCCCCCGGCGUCCCAUCGCUCCAUCAGCCGUUCGGGCAGCUCAAGCAUGGGAUCUGGCGGCCAUCGGUUCCUGGAUGCCCCCAACCUUCAGCCCCGUGGGCCGGCCACCGUAAUGGUGGUCCGUUCGGAUGGGAGAAUGAUACGGAUGAACUCUACCAACCUAGACGAGGUGGAGUGCCUGCCGAGGGAGGGCCUGCACGCCAGGGAGCAGGAUGCCAGGGCGGGCGCCGUAGUUCCGGCAAAUGCGGUGUUUGAUGGCCUACCGGAUCGGCCAUCUGAUCACACCAGCUCGAGGCCCGGUGGCCAGCCCUCUGGAUAG